UCCUCUAAACCUACUUUUCCCGCUGGAGGAGGAGUAGGUAAACAACAUGAAGCAAAACUUGGCAUCAUCAGUUAGAUUUAUUUUGCUGCUUUUUCUGAACAUAGAGUGUUUGAAAGAGCAAUCACCUCCUGGAAAGCCUGAGGUUUUGAAGUGUCGUUCUCCAGAAAUGGAAACCUUCACUUGCUGGUGGAAGCCUGGCUCAGAUAGUGGACUUCCUACCAACUACACUCUGCUCUACAACAAGGAAGGAAAAGAACAAAUUUAUGAAUGUCCAGAUUACAGAACUGCAGGUCCCAAUUCCUGUUACUUUGACAAAAAGCACACCAAUCUCUGGACAUCUUAUAACAUUUCUGUAAAGGCAACUAAUGAGGUGGGAAGUAACAUCUCUAACCCUCAUUAUAUGGACGUGACUUCCAUAGUUCAGCCAGAUCCUCCUGUAAACCUGUCUCUGCAAGUAAUACAAUCAGCUGGGAUAUUAUAUCUUUCGGCAAAGUGGUCUCCACCUCCAUUGGUUGAUGUCAGAUCUGGUUGGCUUAUACUUCAUUAUGAAUUACGACUAAAGUCUGAAGAAAGGGAAGAGUGGGAGACUAUUUUUGUUGGACAGCAAGCACAUUAUAAGGUGUUUAAAUUACAUCCUGGAUUGAAAUACAUUGUACAGGUUCACUGCAUGCUAGAUCAUGGAAAAUGGAGUGAAUGGAGCUCAGAAAGUUACAUUCAGAUCCCCAAUGGGCAGCCCCCUGGAAGACCUGAGCUACUGAGGUGUCGUUCUCCAGAAAAGGAAACUUUUACUUGCUGGUGGAAGCCCGGCUCAGAUGGAGGACUUCCUACCAACUACACUCUGUUCUACAGCAAGGAGGGAGACAAAUCAAUCAAUGAAUGUCCAGAUUACAGAACUGCAGGCCCCAAUUCCUGUUACUUUGAUAAAAAGCACACCUCACUUUGGGCAAUCUAUAAUAUCACCAUAAAGGCAAACAAUAAGAUGGGAAGUAACAUCUCUGAGCCUCAGUAUGUGGAUGUGACUUACAUAGUUCAGCCAGACCCUCCUGUGAACCUGUCUCUAGAAGUAAAAAAACAAGUAGAUGGAAAACCAUAUCUGUUGUUGCAAUGGUAUCCACCUCCACUGGCUGAUGUCAAAUCUGGGUGGCUUACUCUUGAAUAUAAGUUACGACUAAAACCUGAAGAAGGGGACGAAUGGGAGACAAUUUUUGUUGGACAACAAACACAAUACAAGUUGUUUAGUUUAAAUCCAGGAAAGAAAUACAUUGCACAGGUACACUGCAAACCGGACCAUGGAGAAUGGAGUGAAUGGAGCUCAGAAAGUUAUAUUCAAAUCCCUAGUGACAUAGAGUUGAAGGAUGUGCUUGUCUGGAUCUUUGUAGCUGUAUUAUCAUCUGUUAGUUGCUUAAUCAUUAUCUGGACGGUGGCUUUGAAAGGCUUUAGUAUGGUAGCCUGCAUCUUACCACCAGUCCCAGGUCCCAAGAUAAAGGGACUUGAUACAUAUCUUCUAGAGACAGGGAAGUCUGACGAGUUUUUGAGCGCUCUGGGUUGCCAAGACUUCCCUCCAACAUCAGACUGUGAGGACCUACUGGUAGAAUUUCUGGAGGUAGAUGACAGUGAGGAUCAGCAACUGAUGCCAAGUCAUGAAAAAGGUCGUCCCAGUAAAAAUAUGAAGUCAACACACAAGGAAACAGACAGUGACUCAGGGAGAGGGAGCUGUGACAGCCCUUUUCUACUCUCUGAGAGGAGCAGGGAGCCCAGAAUCCCUCCAUCAGCAUUUCAAACACCAGAUAUCAGUGAAAUUUCAGAAAAUAAUGGCAGAAAAAACAGCUGCAAAAUUCAGAGCACAGACCUAAAAGGGAAAAUACCCUAUUUUAGCAUUGGUGGUACAAAGUUAUCUACGUGGCCUGAAGCUCAGCUACCUAACAACCAGACUCCUAAAUGCUCCUACCACAACAUUACGGAUGUUUGUAAGAUAGCCCUUGGCACCAUGAAUGUGACUGUUACAUCAAUUUUGGGGGGAAAUGAAGAAAAUCAACAGUCACAAUAUUCUAAACCCACUGAAACUAUCAGUGAGGAAAAGCUGGACAAGCAAGGAGAAGUGGAGAGCUUGCAUUCCAAAGCUGACCAAGACAGAAUGCAAUUGCUGCCCAAUGAGAAGUCACCUUUUUUGUCUGCUAAACUAAUGGAUUAUGUAGAAAUUCACAAAGUCAACCAAGACGGGACGUUAGCUGUAUUACCGAAACAGAAAGAAAAUAGCGGCAAAACUGAAAACUGUACUGUCCCUGGAACCAGCAAGGAAUAUGCAAAGGUCUCAAGAGUUGUGGACAACAGCAUUCUAGUAAUAAUACCAGUUUCAAGAGUUCAGCCCACACCUAUGUUUCAAGAACCUCCAAAGGAAUCUGUUCAGGAGCUUCAACAAAGUCAAACAGAGAAAAAUAUGAGCUAUUGUUUUACAACUCCAAGUGAGUGCAAAAUAGACACUGGUGGAUUAGAUUACCUGGAUCCAACUUCCUUUAUGUGCUCCUUUAAUUAACUGAAAGUUUGAUUAUCCUUCUUCAGGUAACACUACAGAGUAAAUUAAAUGCAAUUAAAAUGGAAUGUUCUAGUAUGUGGAUUACAUAGAAUUACACUACUAAAGCUCAGUUGUAGCUCGCACCUUUCUAUGUUUUCUACUAGCUGAUUGCAGAACAAAUUAUUUCAUUUUCUAAUUGUGAUUUAUAGAUUUACUUUUGUUAAUAGUUAUGUACAGUAAAACAAAAGUAUGUGACAUGGUUUCUUGGAAAACCCAUACAAAUUGGGGUAUAAUUAAUAAAGAGAAAAAAGAGAUGUGUAGGUUGAUGUAAUAGAAUAAAUAAACCUCAGAUCAUUAAAAUAGUUUUCAAUUUAGGGAGAAAGGGCAAGGAAGUGGAUAUAAAGUGCUAUGGAAAACUACAAUGUAAACAAAUUAUUAAACUUUGCAUUUCUUCUAUUAUUUGAUGAAAACUAGCCAAAUAUUGCAGGUUCAACAAAGAUACAAAAUUUGGGGAGAUUGGUCAGUAUAUCAUGAUUAAGGCUAAGAUUUUGUCAUGGAUAUUUUUAGUAAAAGUCAUGGACAGG